AUGCAGGAGGACGAGUUCCAGCCUCUGCUCGUUGCCCACUGCCACUCUUUCCUCCGAGAGAACAAUCACACCAAAGACAGAAGCCAGUGGGAGGGAUGGCAUACGGUCAGAACCAAAAUGAACAAACUGUGGCUCCAGAGUAUUUCCUUCUUCCUUUUAUUCCAUUACACUACAUGUUGCGAAAACCUGACCUGUUUUGUGGAUUAUGUACAGACCCUGUCCUGUGUCCUGAGAAGUGACUUGGGUGCCAGCUCUUACAGCCUCACUGCAACAUGGCUUUCUGAGGAAGACUCCGAGAAUGUUGUGGCUGCCUGCAGUCUCCUGCAACUGUCCAGGAACACAAGUCACACACAGUACAUGUGCACCGUGGACAUGACUCAGCUGCUGGCAGAUGUCAAAGUCCAGGUGGAAAUUGAUGAUAGACAGCAUGUGAUCUCCAGAGACUUCUAUAUGGCAGAUAACAUCAAACCCCAGCCUCCGUUCAAUCUGACUGCCGUGUUCUCCGAGGGUUACAAUAUUUCCUGGGAAACCAUCUACCAGAACUCUCCUUACUACUUUCUAAACGAGGAGCUGCAAUAUCAGCUGCGUUAUAAGAGGAGGACUGACACGUGGGAGACCCAGAAGACUAAAGCUGUCCAUGACGACAGACGGACACUGCUGAUCCAGCCGUGGGAGCUGCAGGCGAACGCUGAGUACGAGCUCCAAGUGCGAGCCAAACCGCGCCAGGACAGCGGCUACGGCGGAGUCUGGAGCGAGUGGAGCCUGCCGCUGGCGCUGACAGCCAGGCCUGCCGCAGUGGCACAGACGGCAGGCAUGGGGUGGCUGCUGCUCUUGGGUGGUGUUGUGGCGAUCACUGCCUCAGUCACAACCAUUCUGGCCAAACAGGAGAGUUUGUGGAAGAAGGUGGCUUGCAUCCCAGAUCCUGCUUCCUUUUUUACACCUCUUUAUGUGGCACAUAAUGGAGAUUUCAAGAAAUGGGUUGGUGCAUCCCGUAUGAAUUUCACUGAAUGGGGAAUGGUCCUUCCAGAAGUCCUAGAUGUUUACACCAUGUGUCCCUCCAGCAGUACUGCAUGGGAGGAGCUGCCUGAGCUAAGAAAAGAUCUGCCUUGCAAGCCCUGUGUGUCUUGCCUGACUGCCCUCGGCCAGGACAGUCAGUCCCUGCUGUCUGCUGUGAACAGCAGCAGUGGGACUAAAGACCAGUCGUAUGGGCACUUGUCCAUUGACACUGUGACUGUGGCUGAUGGAUUUACACCUUGUAACUGCCACUGCAGCUGUAGCCAUGGGUACAAGGGACGGGAGCAUACCAGUGAGGAUGACAGUGCUGCAGAAACUAGUUACCCCAUGUUUAAGGUUGAUGAUGAAGACACAAAGAUAGCCAGUGGCUUGCAUCUGGCUGACCUGAGUGCACAGGACAAAGUCUUUGCCUCAGGUUCUGUGUCCACAGACCACCUGAGGAGUACAAGUGUCCUAGCCCACCAGCAGCUAGAAAGGGCUUUGGAAGGAAGGAUAGGGAGCAUCCUAGAAGACCUCUGCUUGCAGCCUGAUCAGUGGGAUUUGGAAAAUCCAGGUUCUCUGCCUUCUCCCGAUGGUGAAAGUGUUUCCUACAGUGAAGGCUCCUGUGACUUCUCCCCUCACACUUCAAGGCCUGGUGACAGUUACCCGAUGAUCUGUGUAGAUUUGGACACUAUUGAUAGUGGCUUUGUGGACUCAGACUGUGGGAGCCCAGCUGAGUGUGAACUUGACCAGAACAGCCAGGCCAGCUGUUCUUCCAUCCCUCUGGAGCUGGUGGGGGAGGACUUUCCACGGAGUUACGUCAAGCAGUGGGUGUCUUGUGGCUCUGAUGGCCCCAUCAGUGGAACACAGACAAGCUAAGGGCUUCAUGAUGCCUUGCAGCGUCUGAGGCCUUUUCCAUGCUGUGCCAGCAGCAAAGUGUUAGCAAAAUUCAGAAGAGAAACAACCUCAGGUUGUGCAAGCUCUGUUGCAUACGACUGCAAACUGUUAGGUUCACAGAAAUCUCUGCCUGUUGUUGCUUGCCCUAUUGAUGUCUCAAAUGUGAUGUAACUGUUUUUUUCCUUUUUAAUUUCUCCUCCUUUUUUUCUUUUUUUAGAAUCCCAGGUCAGCCCCCUUAUAAUGGCAGGAGAGGAAACUGUCCCUUGAAAAGUGCCUUUUUGCCUUAUGUAGGUUUGUACAUUGUUUUACAGACACCUUCCACAGAGUACAGAACUUUAUUUUCCCUGGUAUUCUCAAACAAUUUGAGAACGUGGAUCUGUACAGAAGAAUGUUACAUUAAAUUCCCCACCCCCCACCCCUUUUCCAGACAACGCUGAUGUUACUUUUCUUUUUAGUACCUUUGGCUCUUUAAAAACAGUGGUAUUGUUGAUUAAGGAAGGUCCCAGCCCUGUCCAUGGGGUAUGACGAAAAGCAGUUUUCAUAUAAGUAUCACAGAACUGCGUGUCCAAGAGACCAAACACAACUCAGGUUUCAGAAGGACUUUGCCUUUCCAGGUGGAGUUCGCGAAUGAAAAGUCUUCAAAACAUAAUAAAUUCCUGACAAACUCUAACCACCAGGGCUUUCUGCUGAAUCAGCACUUCUCCCAGCAUUUCCCAAGCACGUGAACUGAAACACUGAGCAGCUUUUAGAAGCAUGCAGAAGUCUCAGAAACGUUCUACCUGGUUGUGCCUGCGACUCCGUCUUCUGCCUUGGACCUGGUCUGCUGCAGUUAAACGGUCAGUAGCACAAAGUUUGGGCAAUUUCUGCUAACUAAUAAAGCCAACCAUGAAACUUC